ACAGUGUUAGAAAAAAUGAGAGUACGAAAAAACUGGAUAUUUGAGUUUUUGUAUAAAAACACAGUGAAAAGCAAAAACUGACCAUAAAUAUCAAUUAUCUGCUCUUGAUGCUGCAAAAAAGAAUCUCUACUAGGUAUUCGAAAUUAAGUCGACGAUGUAUUCUGGCACUGAAUCUGACUCUAGCAUCGAGUUUUACAACUACAAUUUCAAAGAAAUCGAAAAAAGCCUCUCCAAAAAUGACGAUACUCUUCUCAUGCUAACUUUGAACAAAAGCAGUGCCGAAAUUCGACGAACAACUGGCUACGAAGAUGAGACACUUUUCCACAUUGUGGCUAAAUACGGCCACAUAGAAGCCGCAAAACGUCUAAUUGAACAUCAAAUCGACAUAAACGUAGAAAACAAUAAAGGCCAAACCCCAUUAUUUAUUGCCGUCGUAUACGACACAGAAAUAGUCAAAUUUUUACUAAACCACGGAGCCGAUCCGAAUAUUCUCUCGAAAAAAGGUGAAACGAUCCUUCAAGAAGCUUUACUCUGGGGAGCUCCAGAAACAGUCCAAGUGCUCCUAGAAAAAUUAAUCGACUACCAAAUUCCAGAAGACAAUCGAGUCGAAAGCGAAAAGUGUCAUCAAAUUGUGAAAUUUCUAUUAAACCAGAAAAUUGAUGAUCUUCUCCUCAAAACGAAGUAUUCACUCCUGCUCCACUUUGCUCUCAAUUACGGCGACAGAGAAACUUUCAAGCUCGUUUUAAAAAAAGGCCAGGACUUUGAUGUCAAUGGUUUGGGCCCCUGCAAUCAGCCAAUUCUUCAUCGAAUCAUUGAAGCUAAUAAAUAUUCCUGUACGCAAUAUCUCGUCGAAUAUGGCGCAGAUGUUAACAUAAAAGGCCACGAGCGAGAAACUGCGCUACAUUAUGCAGUUAAAGAAAACAAAUCUAACCUGGUGAACUAUCUCUUGGCCCAAGGAGCUGAUGUCAAUGCAGCUAAUGAAAGUAUGUCUACGCCCUUGCAUUAUGCGGUUGCCGUAGGCAGAAUAAAAAUCGUUAAACUUCUUCUGGCGGCCGGGGCAGACAUAAAAGCCAAAUUUAUCAACGGCUAUGGAAAGAAGUCAUCAGUGUUGAAUAUCGUUUGCGGGCGGACAGAUUUAAGAACGAAAUUUUAUGGGAAGAAGGAGCCGGAUCCGGUGCUAGAGAUGCAGGGCUUCAAUUACGCCAUUGAUCCAAAUGUCUUUUUUGAUAUAAAUAUGAUUAAAUUUCUGGUUGAAGUUGGCGCGGAUACUGCGGCUUUGGAUAAAGGAGAUAGUCUGAAGAGAUUCACGCCUCUGGAGCGAGCUUAUCAAUCAGGACAUGUAGAUAUUGUGGAAUAUUUGAUGCCUCACUGCCAUGAUCCGCGGAAUAAAGAUUUUAUGCAGACUUAUAUGCUCUGGAGGGCGGUUGAUGAGCUCGAUUUUCGAACUAUUGAUCUCUUGAUUCAGAAUGGAGUCGACAUCAAUGUCCGAGAUCAAUUCGGCAGGGCGCCUCUUUAUUAUAUUGUUAGGAAGAAAAAUCGUGGUAGCAUACCGUUCAUCGAAUUUCUGGCGGACAAUGGCGCUAAUCUCAACAGUCGGACUCUUGAAACCCGGAUGCCUCAAAAGGAAACGGCACUUCACCUAGCUGUUGCUCAGUAUCUUCCGGAAAUGGUUGAAUGCUUGCUGGCUUUGAACGCCGAUUUUACAAUUUCAGACUUGGAGGGAAGAUGGCCACUCACAAAUGCCCUCGAAUCUAUUCUACAAGUCUCUCGUUUGAAAAGUCACACAAGUGUACUAAUCCUAAUAGCUGUCACAGCAAUGACUGACACAGAUAUUUACAAUUCGUCUGGGUGCGAGAUUCUCUACGAAAGAGGAGGUCCACUCGCUCACGAAAUUUAUCAGCUGUGCAAAAAGCAAGUUCGCAAAAUGAAGCGCUCAUAUUUCAUCUUGAACCGAUACUUUUCCUUGUACGAUUUCUUAAAGGAUGAUUUAACAAAAGUCCUGACUUGGCCCACCAUUUCCGAAAAAGUUGAAAAACUCGAUUGCGCCUUGCUCCGUCCUCACUUUCCGCAUUAUUCGUUCUUGAUAAAAAAAACGAAUUGAAAGGGUCAAAAAGUUAUUGAUCUUUAAGGAUUGCAUCAUUACUUUUUUAUCUACCUAUGUUAAAUUUUCCUUAAAGUUAAAUUUACCGGCCGAAAUUGCUGAGAUUAUUUUUAGUUGUAUGAGUAUUAAAAGUAUCAGGAAUUUUAUGAGAGCACUGUCAUUGCCGACGUAUAUAAUAUAAGUUCAUAUUUUAACCCUCGAACGGCCAAGCUCAGAACACAUUGAAUGAAAGUUCUGAAAAAAUUCAAGAAUAGUGUUCUAAAGAGUUCAUGUUCAAAUUUAUAAAUAUUUUGAAUUAGGAUUUUAAAAAUCGUAUUUUCUAUCCUUCUUAAUGGUAGUUACAUUAUUUGAAUUUCGCGGGAAAAUGUAGCGCUUUAAAUUGGAAAGGGCGCUUAAUUUAAAUGGCGAAAGAAGUCAAAGUAAUAGAAAACAUAAUUCAGAGUUGCUGCAAUAUCGAAAUUUCUACAUACUUCUGGGUAU